AUGGAUUUCGAGACGAACGAAGACAUUAACGGCGUCCGUUUCUCGUGGAAUGUGUUUCCAGCGAGCAGAACGGACGCCAACAAGAACGUGGUGCCCGUAGGAUGUCUUUACACGCCGUUGAAGCAGAAGGAAGAUCUGCAGGUGAUGUCUUACAAUCCGGUCGUAUGCGGUGGUCCACAGUGCAAAGCAGUGUUGAAUCCGUACUGUGAAAUAGAUCUGCGCUCCAAUGCGUGGACGUGUCCUAUUUGCAACACCAGAAACCAUCUUCCAGCGCACUACGCGAACAUGAGCCAGGACAACAUGCCUGCAGAGCUCAGCAACACUACGAUUGAGUACAUCACCAACAGACCUGUCCAGAUUCCCCCGGUGUACUUUUUCGUGGUUGAUAUAACCGCUGAGGAGGAAAAUAUGCUGGCUUUGAAGGAGUCUAUCAUUGCCUCCCUAUCGUUACUUCCUCCAAACGCUUUGGUAGGGUUGAUCACUUACGGCAAUGUCGUACAACUUCACGACCUGUCUUGCGAUACGAUCGACAAAUGCAACGUGUUCAGAGGGGACCGUGACUAUCAAUUGAUGCAAUUAGUUGAGAUGCUCACUGGUGAGAAAUCAGGUGCCGCGGGUGCGGCCGGUGGUGCUGGUAGUAUGCCCAACUUACAGCUAAACAAGAUUACUCCUUUCUCCUUGAAUCGUUUCUUCUUACCUCUGGAGCAAGUUGAGUUUAAGCUAACCCAGCUCCUUGAAAACUUGUCUCCCGACCAGUGGUCAGUUCCAGCCGGUCACAGGCCCUUGCGUGCUACCGGUUCCGCUCUCAACAUUGCAUCGCUGCUUUUGCAAGGCUGUUACAAGAAUGUAGCCUCCAGAAUCAUCCUCUUCGCUUCCGGUCCCGGCACCCUAGCUCCAGGGAUGGUUGUGUCGUCAGAACUUAAGGACCCGCUCAGAUCUCACCAUGAUAUUGAUUCUGACAAUGCCAAGCACUUUAAAAAGGCUACUAAAUUUUACAGUUUGAUUGCCGACAGAGUGGCUCAAAAUGGCCAUACGGUGGACAUUUUUGCUGGUUGUUACGACCAAGUCGGGAUGUCCGAAAUGAAGCAAUUGACAGACUCUACAGGUGGUGUGUUGUUGUUGACCGAUGCAUUCUCUACUUCUAUCUUCAAGCAAUCCUUCUUGAGACUAUUUUCGAGCGAUGAGGAAGGGUACCUGACUAUGGCCUUUAACGGAAACAUGUCGGUUAAAACCAGUAGGGACCUUAAAGUUCAAGGGCUCAUUGGUCACGCUUCUCCGGUUAAGAAGACAGAUGCGAUUAAUGUCAGCGAUUCUGAAAUAGGGGUGGGCGGUACUUCCACUUGGAAGAUGUCUUCUAUCACCCCGCAUCACUCUUACGCUGUGUUCUUCGAGAUUGCCAAUAACGCGGCUGCCUCCGCGGGCGUGAUCGGUGGUGACAGACCUAAACUGGCGUAUAUCCAAUUUGUUACCACAUAUCAACAUGCUUCGGGUACUAAUCGUGUGAGGGUGACCACUGUGGCCAACCAACUAUUGCCCUUUGGCUCACCGGCUAUUGCUGCUUCUUUCGAUCAAGAAGCUGCUGCUGUUCUUAUGGCUAGAAUCGCCGUGCAUAAGGCUGAAUCUGACGACGGUGCGGACGUGAUAAGAUGGAUUGACAGAACUUUGAUCAAGCUCUGCCAAAAGUACGCUGAUUACAACAAGGACGACCCAAGGUCAUUCAGACUGGCUCCAAAUUUCUCCUUGUACCCUCAGUUCACCUACUAUUUGAGAAGAUCUCAGUUCUUGAGUGUAUUCAAUAACUCUCCGGACGAAACAGCAUUUUACAGACACAUUUUCACAAGAGAAGACACUACAAACUCUCUAAUCAUGAUCCAGCCCACCCUGACUGCAUUUUUCAUGGAGGAGGAACCUCAACCGGUGUUGCUGGAUUCCGUCUCUGUGAAGCCAAAUACGAUUUUACUGUUGGAUACCUUUUUCUACAUUCUCAUCUAUCACGGUGAACAAAUCGCUCAAUGGAGAAAAGCAGGCUACCAGGAUGAUCCUCAAUAUGCUGACUUCAAAUCCUUAUUGGAGGAGCCCAAACUAGAGGCAGCCGAAUUGUUGGUUGAUAGAUUCCCAUUGCCAAGAUUCAUUGAUACCGAAGCUGGUGGAUCGCAAGCUAGAUUCUUGCUCUCUAAAUUGAAUCCUUCGGAUAGCUAUCAGGAUCAAUCUGCAGGUGGCUCGACUAUUGUUUUGACAGAUGACGUAUCAUUACAAAACUUCAUGGUUCACUUACAAGAGGUGACGGUCAGUGGUCAGACAUGA